AUGCACAACAACACAAGCAAGAAGGAGUUGUCGCCACUCAGCACCUUCCUCAUGAGGGUCCUCUGGCUACUCUACACAUCGGCUGCGCACUGCCUCAAGCUUCUCGACGCCACCUUGUGGCCGGCUGAGCUUGAGACCAUGAGCGAGCAGUCUCAACUCCCCAUAGAUGUGUAUACCGAACUUGGCAAGAGGUACAGGAAGGAGCUUCCGUCGCUUUGGCCGAAGAAGACCACUUCCAAAGACAGCGCACAUGCCAGUCAGGGCAAGAACGAGGACGCCGGCAGGAAAAAGAGAAAGAGCGCGAAGGAGGGAGGCCGGGCCAAGAAGAGGACAAUGGUCAUCGAGGACUCCGAGGAGGAGGGGCCAACUUCUUCUCCUCUUCCGGUGGUUGCCAUAGCUGCUGUUGGUGCUGCUUCUGUUGGCGGUGGGUGA